UUGCAGGUUGAUCGAACAGUGUAUUCAGGGCGGUGACAUUUGCCAUGAGAUUGGAAUAUCAUCGCACGAAGCAGGCGAACGCGGCCUUAAAUUGUUAUGCAUGCUAUCGUAUGUUUUUUCGGCUCAUUUCUUUACGGAUACCUCGUUGCGACAUCUUAUUGCGCUUUUAAGUUAUGAGCAAGAAUAUGUAGCACCGUUGGUGCUGAAAACACUGACACAUUUGGGUCGUUAUCAGCCGCUUAUUGACGAUGCCAAUCCAGCUAUAYUGAAUGAACUGGCACCUAUUUGCAARGACUUUGCGCUUAUGGGUACACCCAAGCAGGCCAAGCAUGCAGUGCGAUGUAUCUUUGUUAAUAGUCAAUCAUCAUCCACGGCCACUACGGAUGGCGGCGGAAGCGCCUCGACCACAACACAAACAGUGCAUCCCAUUUUCAAUGAAAUCAUUGAGGAACUGAGAGUUAAACUAGCACCCAAUUGUGAAUAUCAGCGAACUAAGAUUGUUACAUUGGGGCACAUAGCGUACAAUAUGCCACAGGCAUUCCUUACGCCCAUCAAAAACAUGAUAGCGAGGCGCAUUGUCAAGGAGCUGCUUAUACAAGAAGUGCCAGCGCAACGGGAUCACGAACUGCCCGAAGGCGACUGGUGCGAACAGGAUGAACUGCCGCCGGACACACUCUGCAAGUUAGAUGCUCUUAAGACGAUGGCACGCUGGCUGCUUGGCUUACGGUCCGACGAGCAUGCAGCCCAGAAAACCUUCCGAAUGUUGGCGGCCUUUGUUAAUCAGCGUGGUGAUUUGCUAGCUCAAAAUAGAUUGUGCGGUGCUGAAAAGUCGUGGYUGCGUCUUGGCGCCGCCUGUGCAAUGCUUAAGGUGUGCGAACAGAAAGGCGUUGGCGAUCAAUACAGCGCCGAGCAGUAUUUACAGCUCUCUCAGCUGAUGGUCA